AUGGAUUUCUCUGAAAAUUAUGUACUUAAAUAUGCUUCUGAAAUUCAAGCUUCUCACUUUGGAGCAUCGAAGAAACAAAUAAGUCUACAUACGUCUGUUGUCUAUUAUGGUGAAAAUAUAAAACCUGUUUUAUACUGCACCCUUUCUAAUUGUUUAAGACAUGAUUCUGCUGCGAUCUGUGCCCAUUUAAACCCUUUGCUGGGGGAAAUCAAGAACAAUGUUCCAAAUUUAAAAACAAUUCAUUUUGCUAGCGACGAACCUUCCACACAAUAUCGAAAUAAAUCAAUGUUUUAUCUAGCAUCUUCAUAUUUAAGCAAAGUUCUUAACGUCGAAAAUAUGUUUUGGCAUUUUAGUGAAGCUGGGCAUGGAAAGGGUGCCCCAGAUGGUGUCGGCGGAUGCCUAAAGCGAAGUGCAGAUGGUUUAGUAGGAAGAAGUACAGAUUUGUCUAGCCUGGAAGUACUAGUUAUCAAACUUAAGGAAGCGUGUAAAGGAAUGAACAUUCUAAAGAUUGCAGAUGAAGAGUUUCUAGAAAUAGAUAAAUUUGCUUCAAAUGACCUUCCUUCAAUUAAGGGAACUUUAAAGAUUCACCAGAUAGUAUGGCGUUAUAAUGACCCCCUUGCCAUUUUUGUUAGAAGACUUAGUUGUCUGACUUGUUAA